AUGGAGGUGCUGAAGAAGGAGGUGAGAGCGUUGCUCACAGCGGCCAAAGGGGGUUUAACGCCGGCAGAGCUGGAGGAGCAGUACAUGGCCAUGACCUGCAAACCUCUCCCUCUGCGUGAGCUGGGCGUCCAGUCCACCCUGGAGCUGGUGGCACUCAUGCCUGACGUGGUCAAAGUCUGUUCUUCCAGGAAUGGCACUCUUAUCCUUAAAGCCAUUGCAGAUGACACCACCAAAGGGAUUGCCCAGCUGAUUGCCAGACAGAAGACAAGAACGUGUAUUAGGGCACGGAAGAGAACUGCUGCGAAGGCAAAUGCUGCUUCUCCCUAUAAUGACUCUUGGAAUCCAGAGCGUUCCCCUCUGAGUGCCAGGACUCCUGUCCAGUCUGCAGCUGUGAAGGCUGAACAGCAGGACCUGCUGAGUUCCUCACCUCUUCUGCUCAUGGACUCUGAUGAGGCUCAAGAGGCUCAGGAAGAAGAGAUGUCUCAAAGUGGGGUGCCCCAAGGUGAGGCACAGGAAGAAGAGGUGCCUCAAGGUGAAGCUCAGGAGGAAGAGGAUGUGCCCCAAGGUGAGGCACAGGAAGAAGAGGUGCCUCAAGGUGAAGCUCAGGAGGAAGAGGAUGUGCCCCAAGGUGAGGCACAGGAAGAAGAGGUGCCUCAAGGUGAAGCUCAGGAGGAAGAGGAUGUGCCCCAAGGUGAGGCUCAGGAAGAAGAGGUGCAGCAAGGUAUCCAGAGACUAAUAGUGGGAGUGUUUGAAGGGAUAGCUGAAUUUGGCCAGCCUCAAGAUGUUCUGCAGUCUCUACUAGGCAAGUUGACACUGGCUCCAGAAAUCCCUCCAGAUGCUGUUUGGGACAGAAGCCUUUGCAGUUUGCCACCACUGAAGGCAGGGUUCAUGGUGGGAGUCUCUGUGGAAUGUGUCGUCUCUCCCAGCCUGUUCUACGUCCACAUCUCCACCAGGGAAUCAUCUCAUGAACUGCAGGAUCUGAUGUUGGAGAUGAAACACGUUUACUCCCGGAAGGUUGUUUCUGACCGUUACAUCAUGCCUGAGGCUGCAGUGCGGCCUGGGCAGCUCUGCUGCGCCGUGGUCUCCAGGUGGUGGUACCGCGUCGUCGUCCACCGCGUGGUCAGCGACAGGGAAGUGGAGGUGUUCUAUGCAGAUUAUGGACACCUGCAAGUUGUCAGAAAGUCUUGGCUGAGGUUCCUCAAGUGCUGCUACCUGAAGCUCCCUGCUCAGGCGGUCCCAUGUUCCUUGGCACGGGUGAAACCUGUGGGGGGUACCUGGUCCUCUGCGGCAACUCUCCGGUUCAAGAAUCUCUGUCACUUCAAGUUAGUCGUGGGCAUCGUGGAUGAAUAUGCGAAUGGCAUUUUGUACUUCUUCCUGUGUGACACAUCCACUGGGCAGGAUGUCUACUUCCACUCUGUCCUGAGGGAUGAGGGAUAUGCUCACAUCUGUCGAAGGAACAUUCCUUACCAGGUCAGGAGGGAG